AUGUCUCAACCGGACCUUCCAAGAUCUACGUGGGAUUUCUUGCAUGACUUCUACUUGAGAGUGGAAUCAGCGGAUGGGUACGCUCGGAGGCUAGAGCAUAAUGUAGAAGAAGCCAAGGAUCUCGCAUCGCGGUUCUACCAUGCUUUGACUCAGUGUGAAGCUUCUCUCGCCGCUAGCUGGGAAACAAUUAACCAAGAACGUCUGGAUCAUCGAGCAUCUCAAGAAGCACUUACUUUCGAGCGUGAGAGGCACAAUGAAACAAUGGAGCUGCUCGAGCAAGUAUUCAGAGAGGCAGUGCGCAGUGGUGAGAUUGCAGACAGUCUCAGUAGUCAGGUUGCCACAAUGCAAGCAGCUUCGAACUCUGGAGUCAUCCAGGUGUUCCCGCAGGCCAUGGCAUCAGAGAAGGCUUCUCUGGGCAAAGAGAGUUCAAUACCGUCGGAAGCAUCGCCGGAAACAUGUGCCAGCCGUUCAUCCCGGCCGAAGCAUUCAGACCAGGACGAGAGACAACUGGUAGCUCAUCCUCUUCAUGACGCCGAAACCCAGUCGAGCAUUGCAGGGUCAGCCAUAGAAGGGGCUGGUGGACACAAGAGAAGCAAAGCGACGAAGAAAAGAACAAGUCGCCCUGCAGCUAAGGAAUGUCGCUUGACCUUAAGUGGCAAGUCUUAA